CUCAAGCCCAAAUGCUAAGCAAGGUUAGGUAAAAGAUAGCUACCUUAAACACCAUCGAAUUCUUCCUUUUACAGCAUAACCAUCACAAGGAGGGUUCUUGCAAUUCCACUCGCUUCUUCUUUGGGUGAUUUUCCAAAUGAAAUAACAAGCUGCUAGCCCUUAAGGAAAACUUCGAUCGACGUCGGUUUGCCUUCCGGUGUGUGCGUGUGUUUCUUGUCUUGUUUUUCUGGAGAAAUGCAGCUUUACAUAUCACCCAGUUUGAGGCACAUAUCAGUGUUUCCGGGGAAAGGCUUUAAAGAGUUUAUCAAAGUGAAGGUUGGCUCAAGGCGGGUCUCGUAUCGAAUGCUCUUCUAUUCGCUUUUAUUCUUUACAUUUCUUCUCCGAUUCGUGUUCGUAUUGACAGCAGUGGACACCAUUGAUGGAGAAAACAAGCUGUGCUCUACCAUAGGUUGCCUGGGUAAAAGAUUAAGACCGGGUAUUUUGGGAAGAAGGCUCGACUCAAAUGUCCCAGAAGUGAUAUACCAAAUACUAGAAGAGCCCAUGAACAAGGAUGAAUUACAAGGAAGUUCUGAUGUUCCUCAGACUUUGGAGGACUUCAUGGCCGAGAUUAAGAAAAGCAGAUCGGACGCCAAGACAUUUGCUGUGAAGCUUAGAGAGAUGGUUACCCUUCUUGAACAAAGAACUCGGACAGCCAAAAUCCAAGAAUAUUUAUACCGUCAUGUAGCGUCGAGUAGCAUACCCAAACAGCUCCACUGCCUUGCACUAAAGCUAGCCAACGAGCACUCCACCAAUGCGGCUGCCCGCCUCCAGCUCCCUUCUGCUGAACUCGUCCCUGCCCUCGUUGACAACUCCUACUUCCACUUUGUCCUUGCUUCUGACAAUGUGCUCGCUGCCUCCGUUGUUGCAACAUCACUUGUCCGGAACUCGCUGCGCCCCCAAAAGGUUGUCCUUCAUAUAAUCACGGAUAGAAAAACUUACUAUCCCAUGCAGGCGUGGUUCUCACUGCAUCCCUUAUCUCCCGCAAUAAUUGAAGUCAAGGCAUUGCACCACUUUGAUUGGUUUUCCAAGGGGAAGGUGCCAGUUUUGGAGGCAAUGGAAAAGGACCAACGUGUGCGAUCGCAAUUUAGAGGCGGGUCAUCGGCUAUUGUGGCAAAUAAUACUGAGAAGCCCCAAGUCAUUGCAGCAAAAUUACAAGCUUUGAGUCCUAAAUACAAUUCUGUGAUGAAUCACAUCAGAAUACAUCUACCAGAGUUGUUCCCCAGCCUAAACAAGGUGGUUUUCCUGGAUGACGACAUCGUGGUUCAAACAGAUCUUUCACCACUAUGGGACAUUGAUAUGAAUGGAAAAGUUAAUGGAGCAGUGGAAACUUGCAGGGGAGAAGAUACAUUUGUCAUGUCAAAGCGGUUCAAGAGCUAUCUGAACUUCUCCCAUCCCUUGAUAUCAAAGAAUUUCGAUCCCAAUGAAUGUGCAUGGGCUUAUGGCAUGAACAUUUUUGAUCUAGAUGCAUGGAGGAAGACCAACAUAAGCCUUUCAUACCAUUACUGGCUUGAACAGAACUUGAAAUCGGAUCUCAGUUUGUGGCAACUGGGGACAUUACCCCCUGGACUGAUAGCUUUCCAUGGACAAGUCUAUGUUAUCGAUUCCUUUUGGCACAUGCUGGGGCUGGGUUACCAGGACAAUACGAGCUUUGCUGAUGCUGAGAGUGCUGGUGUCAUCCAUUUCAACGGCAGGGCGAAGCCGUGGCUAGAGAUAGCAUUCCCGCAACUUAGGCCAUUAUGGGCCAAGUAUGUGAACUUUUCAGAUAAAUUCAUCAAGAGCUGUCAUAUAAGGGCUUCUUCUUAGAAUGGAUUUUGAGAGGCAUAUGUUGGUAAACGAAUAUCCUUUUGUAUAUGUUAAAAAAGAAGAUAAGCGAUUGAGAGUUCUUCGCAAAUUCAAGGCCUUGAGGACUGAAUCAGCGAUGGCAACAGCAUCAGCCUCCUGUUUUUCUGAACUAUCAUUUGUUGUUGGUUAAAGCUUCCUUAUUCUUU